GUCGACUGUCGGGCGUAUUUGACAACGCGUGUAUAUCAUGGCUAAGGUUGACAUUCCGACGUUUAAAUUGAAUAAUGAAAAGGAAAUCCCUGCUUUGGGUUAUGGAACAUGGCUCGGUCUCGACGAAAAGACCAAUUUUAUUACUGAGGAUAUACCGAAAAUGAUGGAUGCAUUAUCUAAUGCUAUAGAUAUCGGAUAUCGAAAUAUUGAUACAGCUCAUCUGUAUAGAGUUGAACCGGAGGUCGGAGAAAUUAUAAACAGGAAGAUUAAAGAAGGAGUCAUUAAAAGAGAAAACGUUUAUGUGACAUCAAAGAUAUGGCACCAGUACCAUCGAGAAACGGACGUAGAGGUAUCAGUUCGAGCAUCUCUGAGACGGCUAAAUCUGGCUUAUCUCGACCUUAUCUUGAUACAUUGGCCCAUGUCGAUCACUGAAGAUGGAGUCGAUGAGAAAAUAGACUAUUUGGAAACUUGGAGAGGAUGUGAAUCGGUGCUUGAAAAGGGCUUAGUUAAAGCAAUUGGAGUUUCGAACUUUAAUAUAGAGCAAAUGAAGAGGCUAGUUACCAAUUGCAAAGUUGUUCCUGCAUCUUUACAGAUAGAACUAAAUUUAAACUUGGGACAAAAUGAGCUUGUGGAAUUCUGUCACGCUAAUGGUAUAAUAGUUGUGGCCUACUCGCCUUUUGGUACGAUGGUACCUAGUCGGCAAACUCCAAACAGCCCGGAACCAAAGUUGAAUAAUCCUACGAUGUUGGAGAUAGCUAAAAAGCACGACAAAACUGUUACACAGAUUACACUCAGAUACUUGUUUCAGCGAGGUAUUGUAAGCAUCCCGAAAACCGUGACAAAAAGUAGAGUUCUGGAAAACGCUCAAAUUUUCGACUUCACUCUGGACGAGAAUGACAUGAACACUCUGGCGGAGUUCGACAAUGGUUAUCGAACAGUAAGACCCUUGUUCUGGCAGGAAUUCGCCAACUAUCCGUUUGAUAAGUUGCCCGGACUUGGGCAAAUGGAAAUACCUUUAUCGCUACGCAAAUGGAAAAAUGGAGCUAAAUUAGAUAUUGAUUAGGUUAAUAAACGAUGUUUUAAUACUGCAGUUG